AUGGCACCCUACCAAGGACACUGCAACUGCGGUUCGGUCAAGGUCACUCUUAGCAACAAGCCCGAGAGCAUCAUCGUCUGCCAUUGCGCAAACUGCAAGCGUGCCGGUGGCCCCUUUUCCAUGAAUUUUCUCGUCGACGACGGCCAGUGGGAGGUUGAGGAUAGCCAGAACACCCUGACCGAGUACCUGGACAACAACACCGAUUCCGGGAACCCUGUGCAUCGGUUCUUCUGUCGGAAUUGUGGCAGCCCGGUCAAGACCACGGCUAAGCCAUUCCCAGGCCAAGCUCUGGUCAAGGCGUCUCUUUUCGAUGACAUCCCCACCAAGAGAAAUGAAGUGUUCGGCCAGAAGGCGUUGAGUUGGGCGUAA